AAAGCGCAGUGCAACACAGAGCUUAGAGCGAGUCCCGCUUCGCCGGUCGAUCCGGAAGAAGCGGUGAUUUGUAAACAGUUCAGAGUAGUCAGAGUGGGAAAUUAAAAGCCUAAUAUUAACUUAAUAUCUGAGACAUGUCCCAGCCUGAGGAAGACGACAGGUACUCAGAAGACGCUGCACCUUUGUCCAACUUCUCUAAUCUGAGAAUUGCUAAAGGUAAAGAGAACAGAAAGUCGGAUGAAAUCGAAGUCGUUGUUUUGCUUUGUGGUCAUGAAAUACCACUAGACUACCUGAUUGCGUGGUGCAAGUACUGUCUUAAACAGAACAAAAACGACUUCACCUGUCCCAGAUUUGAUGAGGGCAAGAAAAAAAUAUGUGGGAAGGGAUUUUCUUAUCAGGUCUUGUGUCAGAAAGCGAAACUAACUCCCGAACUGAAGGAACACUUUGAGGAAAGACUUGGUGCAUUAACUGCUGCAAGACUCUGUGAAUAUAAACCAUGUCCAGGGUGCCAGUCUUAUGUGGAGAGAGCAGAUAAGAAAAACUUGUGUGUCCGUUGUACCAUCUGCACCUCCAGGACAGGGAGCGCGUAUGAGUUCUGCUGGAACUGCAGGAGGGAGUGGAAGGGGCCAGUUGUCAGUGCUCUGAAGUGUGCAAACGACGGCUGUGGAAAGCAAGAGGUCAGUCCACCUAAUCCUCUUGUAUUAUGUCAGCCAGAGUUUAAAAGGUACAAACUCCAGAAAGAGAAAAAUGAUAUAUAUCCAAUGACAGACAAAAAUCCUGCCAGAAAGCGCCUUGCUCUGCUAAUCAACAACAUUGAGUUUCAGUAUUUGAAUGACAGAAUCGGGGCAGAUAAGGAUGAGCUUAGCAUGGAGAAGCUGUUUGAGGGUCUGGGUUAUGCUGUAGUGACACUCAGGAAUCUAUCUGCCAAGGGUAUGGACACCGCUAUGCGAGACUUCUCCCAGCGAGAGGAGCAUAAACUGUCAGACAGCUGCUUCGUGGUGUUCAUGUCCCAUGGAAGUGCCUCUGGAUUACAUGGAAUUUUUGACCUAGAAGGUAAUGAUGUCUUUUCUACGAAUGAAAUCUUCAAGCACCUGAACACACCAAACUGCGCAGGAUUACGUGACAAGCCAAAAAUCAUCCUCAUCCAGUCAUGUAGAGGAAGUGAUGAUGGUGAAGUGUAUGUACAAGACAGUGGAAAUCAGCGUUUACAAACAGAACAUCGUGAGAAAGACUUCUGCUGCCUGAGAUCCUGUACUCCAGAUACUGUGUCCUACAGGGAUAAAAAGAAAGGGUCUUGUUUCAUUCAGGACAUUGUGGAAAUAUUCAACCAGUAUGCCCACCAAGACCACAUUGAAGAGCUGUUUAGAAAGGUUCUCAAGAAAUUUAAAGAGACCCAUCCUACACAAAUGCCAUGCAAAGAGAGAACAACACUCUCAAAGAGGUUCUACCUCUUUCCUGGGCUGAAGCUUAUUGCUUAGUAGAUUAUUCUAUGUAAAUAGUGAUCUGUCCCAGCAAGCAGCUGAAAAUUGUAUACCGUGAACUUUGUAAAUUGUAUACCGUGAACCCAUUGACCACUAGGAAAAGCUCCAGCUGCCCCCCGCGACCCAGAAGGAUAAGCAGCUUAGAAAGUGUGUGUGUGUGUGUGUGUGUGUGUGAGUGUAUAGAAAUAUGUAUACACAUUCUUCAGAUGUCUUAUUUAAUGGCUGGUAUGUUUAAUUGAAAUUUGUGGCAAGAAGAGUGUGUUUUUAGCCCUUCUUCUGAAGCCAUAUUCAGAAUUGUUCUUUUGAUGAUUUUGGACAAGUGCUCAGGCAAAAUAGUGCUGGACAAACUAAUCUUUUUGUGUUUUCUCUUGAUUUGUAAGACUUCCAGGUAAAUAAUAAAUGAAACAUUUAGCAAGUU